CGCAAAGCCAUCAAUAAUCUUCUCUAUGAGGUCAGAGUCUUUCGUGAGCAAUGCGCUGGCCUGAGCCCUGACAUCGAUUGGGACGCAGAGCUAACGUCCGCCGACACCUCCUACGACGGCGAGGUGGUGUUCCCUGCCGAGCCCCUGGGCCGUGACCUUCUACUCGAAGCUCUGCCUCCUCGAGAGGCGUGCGUGGCCGUGCGGGCCGUCGAUGUGACAGAGGGCUGGAUCAGAGCUGCCCUUUCCGACCCAGGUCUGAUCCUGAAGGACGAGUCGGAGCUUGGCGGCUUGCCCCCCACUCCGAAGGUCUGGGCCUCGGACGAGGAGUGGGGGCCCAUCGCUGGCGACCUGCUCGAGAGGGGGAUUCUCAAGACGAUAGAGUACGAGGACAUCGUAGAGGUGCAAGGGCGCAAGGUCAUGGGAGGCAUGUUUGGCGCGAAGAAGGGAUCCCACUUGAAGGGCGAGGGGCCCCAGCGGCUGGUGAUGAAUACGAUCCCCUACAACUUCAUUCAAAGCACUAUCGAGGGCGACAUGCCGAUGCUGCCCCACAGCGACAAGUGGAAGGGCGUGAUCCUCAGGUCCAGGGAGGUGUUGCUCUGGAGCGCGGAGGAUCUGAAGUGCUGCUUCUACGUGUACAGCCUCCGCGAUGUGUGGCUGAAGUACAUGGCCAUCUCAAAGCCCGUGAGGAGAUGCAUCGCUGGCCUCCCAGGCAAGGGCGUGAUCUGCCUGGCCGCCGUUGUCGUGCCCAUGGGUGGCCUGAGCAAUGCAGGAGUGGCUCCCGUCCGCGGCGAGGUCGGCCACAUUUGCGAUGACGACGGGCGGAUGAUCUACAUCGGGCGCGGCUCCAGCUCACUGCAGCUAGCUCCGUCGAAGUGGGGCAACCUGUUCCGCAUUCGGGACGGUCUGGACAGGAACCGGGCCAUCGAGCUGUCCGCAGAGCACCUGGAGAAGUCGCCCGACCUUCUGGCCGACUUAUCUUCACUGAGUGGCGCUCGGCUACUCUGCCACUGCAAGGAGCACCAGGCCUGCCACGGCGAUGUUCUGAUCGCGAAGUGGUUGGAGCGCUUCAGCGCGCCAUCCCUCUGGAGGGCCUGGCAGGUGUACAUCGAUAACUUGGAAGUGCUGGAGAUCACCAGCUGGUGGCGCGCCAAGGCCCUGCAGGGGGAGGGAAUCAGCGAGGCGGUCGAUUUAGCCCGUCGGAGGUAUGAGUAUUUCAGCGUGCCGAGGAGCGAGAACAAGGCCGUCAUCCGCGAGACAACGACGCAGUCCCUCAGGGAGGCGAUCGAUGGGGAUCGUGGCACCAUCGGGCCGCCCGCAGAGUUCGUGAGACGGCUGAUCUCCCUCACCCUGGCGACCUUGCAACGGCCCACAGUGACUCAGAAGUGGAUGCAGAUCCUGGCGGGCCGCUGGGUUCGGUGCCUCUUGUUCAGGCGCGAGGCGAUGAUGUGCUUCACUCACCUGUGGCGAUUCUUGGUGAAGAUGCGUGGUGAUGCGAAGCUGCCGCGUAGAGUGCGCGAGGAGCUGGUGUCGGCCUUGACGUUGCUCCCUUUGCUUCGUUGCGACCUGCGUGUGCCGAUCAGCGGGUUGGUGACGGUCUCGGAUGCCAGCAUGCAGCGUGGCGCCGUGUGUCGAGCCGUUCGCCUUCGACCUGGUGGAGUGGCCGCUGCGAGAGCGGCCAGCAGAAGGCUGGUGACUGACUUCCGCGACGAGGUGGUGCUCCUGUCCUUGUUCGACGGCAUCGGUGGGGCUCGCCGCGCCCUGGACCUUCUAGGGCUCACUCCCGCGCUGUUCGUAUCCGCCGAGAUCGACACCGAGGCGAAGCGGGUGACCAAGUAUGCGUGCCCGGACGUGCUGGAAGGUGAUGUCACGCAAUGUGAGCGUGACCGUCUGUAUUGGAUCAAGGAGGAGCUGUUGACGCCGUGGCAGGGCGAGACGUACUUCAUGGACUCGGUGAAGCACGUCGUGAUCCCUGAUGGGCCUGGACCAGUUGAACAUUGGCUGGGCGCUGAGCUUCAGGGGCAUGAUGACAUCCAGAAGGACUGCCGCCUGCCCACCUUUCUGCGAUGUGUUCUUCGUCGUGCUCCAGGUCAGUUCCCUACAGGUCUCGACAGAUGUGCAGGUCAUGAACUCGAACGUUGGCGCGAGUUCGACUACUGCUACGCGCCCUUUUUCAGGGCGCCAACUGCAGCAGGCUACCUGUCCAAGAUCCCCUCCGUCAGGCAGAUGCGUGAGACUGGAGGUGGUGCCAACGUCGCCGAUGCCCCAGUCAGCAUGGACCAGGUCGAUUGCGACGAGGGUGUCUUGGUGCGCCAGCGCGAUCUCGAGAGCGAGGAUGCCGCGCUGGACCCCAGCAUCAUCAUCGUGGAGGAGCUGGCCCGCAGAGCGGAGUCCAGAGGCAGCGAUAUCAGGCUCGACACAUUCGAGGCGAUGCGGCCUGACCUGUGGCCCAGGCGACCAGUCAGUGUGGCGCGCUGGACGUGGAAGGCCACCGCCAUCAGGGACUGGAAGCACCCGUCACACAUCGCGGACCUUGAGGUGAGGGCUACUCUGG